UAUAUAUAUCUAUAUACAUAACAAUUAAGCAGAUAGAUUUUUGAUUGAAGAAAAAAAAUGGGAAACUCAAUAGCAUGUUUCUCUAGCCAUAGAUCAAAGCAGAAAGCCUUCAAAAGUUCAGGAAAUCCUCCUAUGAUGAGAGACUACUCCACAGGCCACAAAAGUAGCGGAAGAGUAUUCACUUCAAGUACUAAUAAUACUAUUAUGGAUGACUCUCUGAUUCGAGAACAAGCUGUCACCGCAGCUGCUUUGCUCUUUCACCAUCAGAAUCAGCAGCAGCAGAGUGGUUAUCUUCUUCCUUUUGAUCGAUCGACUUCCGUUCAAUACCCUCCUUUACCAUCUUCCAAGAAGCCGAAGAAGUGUGCCCGGAGUUCGAGUUCUCGUCCACGUUCCAAUUCGGAUUCUCUCCCUCAACUUCAUCAGCUCAUUGCUCAGGAUCUAAACAUUGAUGAUUUAGAAACCAAACAUUUUGUCCUAGUUCAUGGAGGUGGUUUUGGUGCCUGGUGUUGGUAUAAAAACAUAGCACUUCUACAAGAAAGCGGAUUUGAAGUUGAUGCAGUAGACUUAACUGGUUCUGGAACUCAUUCCUAUGACACAAACAACAUUACAAGUUUUGCACAAUAUGUAAAGCCACUUACUGAUUUCCUCGAAAAGCUUCAAGAUGGGAAGAAGGUCAUUUUGGUUGGACAUGAUCUAGGUGGUGCUUGUGUUUCCUAUGCGAUGGAGCUGCAUCCAUUCAAAGUCUCGAAAGCCAUUUUCGUUGCUGCAGCAAUGUUGCCUAGUGGGCAGAGUAUACUUAGUAUGUUUUCCCAACAGGCAGGCUCGAAUGAUCUGAUGCAACGCGCCCAGACAUUUUUGUAUGGCAAUGGGAAGGAUCAACCUCCAACGGCUAUUGAACUCGACAAAGAAUUGUUGAAAGACUUGUUAUUUAAUCAAAGCCCUGCUAAAGAUGUUGCACUGGCAUCAGUAUCAAUGAGGCCGAUCCCUUUUGCACCGGUAACCAAGAAGCUCUCCCUUUCUAAAGCAAAAUACGGCUCUGUCCAACGGUUCUACAUAAAAAGUGAAGAAGAUUUUGCCAUCCCAGUCUCUCUUCAGGAAGCCAUGAUAAGCUCAGAUCCCCCCAAAUAUGUUUUCGAGUUAAAAGGAUCCGAUCACUCGCCAUUUUUCUCAAGGCCUCGGGCCCUACACAGGCUUUUAGUAGAGAUAUCGAAGACCCCAUGAAAGGAAGCCUGAAGUCCCAUUUCAUUGAAGCUCACUGGCAUAACAAUGACGAUACAUUAAGGCAGGUGAUGGCCUUCUCAGUACAUGUAUGAUCAUGCGCGCGCGUAAACCAUAGUUUUUCUGGCAUUUGUGAUCCAGGAAAUUUUCUUUAAGGCAUCCCCUGUCAGCAUGAAACUGGUUACAUGAAUAUACAUAUAUAUGAAUUUUGGCCUCAUGAACAUCAAUGUAUGACUUUAUUUUGUAUAUUGCUUAAGUAAAAGGUAUGGAAUAAGAGGAAAAUACAGUUAUAUAUAUAUCUCACACGGCAUCAAGUGUGUCCUUGUUGUGUGACUCAUAUCAGCAUUAGCAUGGUAACAGGUUAUUGAAU